CAGUUUUCAGUGCUCAAAUGUCGAAUAACAACUUCAACAGAUCAGCGCAGACACCUGAGGAUGAGUUUUCCAGCCAUCCAGACUUCGAGGAGUACUUGAUGUUUGGUGACUGGCUUAAUGAAGAUCAUGACUAUGUAGCUUCAGGGUCUACUCAAAAUUCUGUUAACCAAGUAAAUGAUGAUGAUUCUGGUGGAAGUAGCAGCCAACUUGGAGGGUAUACCAAUGAGAAUGGAAGCGUACCGGAGAGGCUGGAAGUUAAAGAAAGAGUCGCCUUCAAGAUGAAAUCAGAGAUUGAGAUUUUGGAUGAUGGAUUUAAAUGGAGGAAGUAUGGGAAAAAAAUGGUGAAGAACAGCCCAAAUCCAAGGAAUUACUACAAGUGUUCAUGUGAAGGCUGCCCAGUGAAAAAGAGAGUUGAGAGAGAUAGAGAAGAUCCAGCGUUUGUAAUUACGACUUAUGAGGGCACUCAUAACCAUCGGAGCGUCUGAGUUCACGAACAUUUUCGAGGUUUUGGUAAUGGAGGAGGAGGAAGAUUAGGGCUGCUGGUGCUGCUGAUGUAGCACAGCCAUGGAAGACUAGAAGAGGUCAUGGGAUGAUCAAGAGCUAAUAUAACCUUGUGAACCUUGUUAGGUGCAAUCUAUGAGUUUCGCAAAUAAAUAAGUCUGUCAGUAGAAGUUUUUCCAGAUUUUCUAGACAAUCUAAUGUGGCAGAUUCCAUUACG